AUGGCUAUCACGAGCUUCUACAGCUUUGCCGACCUGGAGCCCGCGCUUCAGCACCGCGCCGUUCAAGCCGCUAUCGCCGACAUCGAAGGCCGCUACAACAUGGUCAACUUUGCCCAAAUCAUGACCAACUUGACCAUCGUAGCGCAACUGCUCGCCACGGCGUUUGCUGGGUCCAAGGGUCACGUCUGCAACACCGCCGUGCUCAUGCGCACGUGCAACUACCAGACCUUGGUCAAGGACAUGCAGCUCACAUGUGCCUCCUUCGUGCGCGGCUGCAUCAAAGCCCUCCAGGACUUCCAGACGGCGCUCGAGCUCAUGAACGACGACCAGAGCGGGGAGGCGCUCGAGGUGCUGGCCAUGACCCGCAACAUUGCCGUCACUAUGGCAGGCAAGGCCUCCGAGCUCGUCACCAAGUCCGUGGACAUGAGCAACCUUGCCAAGCACACAGCCGAGCAGGCGAGGGACGAGCUCGACGCACACAAGGACGCCAAGGAGCGCGAAAUGACCAUGCAUGUGGCCCGCGCGAAGGACCAGGCCGUCCAGUCCCUCGAAGUGGCUGUCCGGUCACUCGCACAGGUCAAGACGGUCUUCGAGAAUACCCGCGUCUACUGGGAGACGGUCAAGGUCAACAGCGAGGAGCUCGCAGACCCCGCCCUAAAAAAAAUGACCAUCUUCAAGGCCAAGCCCGCGCUCCUCAAGCAACAAUUGAACAAGAAGUGGUGCGAGUGGCUCGUCCUCGCCAAGAUCAACAACUCGGCGGCCGUUGGCAUGAUCAGCGUCGCUCAACAGGUCGACUACGUCAUGUGCAACCUGCCCACGACGGCGGAGGCCAAACAACGGCUCCCCGCACUAAUCUACAAGAUCCAGGCCCAGCUCGGAAUCACUGGCUCGUGAACAGCAGCAGCUGGAGUACGAUGAACCAUAGACAGCUUGCUCCAGGGCUCCAUCGUACAUUCGAAUGUCGAACUCUGAUCCUCAGAUAU